ACGGAAUUCGCGAUUCUCGCGUUGGCUCCGUCUUCGCUCCAGCGGUGGUUUCCUCUGCACCAUCUUCUCCUCCAAUCGAGUCUACGCCGACAUCUCUCCCCUCGAUUGCGACCGGAAGAUCUCGCGCGAGCUCCUUGAUUGCCAAAUCUCUUGAUCCCUCUCUUCUUCUUCUAUCCAUUCGGAAGGUUCGCCGUCAAUUUGGGAAGCCCCUGUCACAAUCGCCGUUCCUGGAAGGAAGACAACGUUCCAAGUUGCUUCGGCAUUGUGAGGUUGUAGGGCAUUCGAUUUCCGCUUAUCGAUUUGAUAUCCGUGGUGCUGCCGAAUUGGAAGGGAAUCGGCCGUCGCCCGAUUCGAGGAGGUUGCUGUCUCCGUCGCCUUGAGGGGAAGGAGAUUUAGGAGAGAUCGGGACUUACGGAUAAUCCUCGCUCAGGCGAUUCAUGGUGCUGUUGCAGUGAGACAGAAACUUGACGUUCUUUCCUCCCUCGGUGGUAGCUUAGAAGGCUUUCUUAGCGUCCCUACUCCGGUCCAUCCAUAGCCUAGCAAGUCGGGCAGCAGUUUCAAAGGUGAUAAACAUCUUCUUUGGAUCUGCAUUUCAUUGUCAACAAGCCUUCUUCUUAAAGUUGGAUCCUCCCCUUUUGCUUAAGGGCAAGAUUCAACAGAUAAAGAAGUGCAUGUACCAAGCUAAAGGGUUUGACUGGAAUGCUCUAGUACUUGUAAGAAUCUUUGGUAAUUUCUUGAGUAGGUAUUUGGCGUUCUGUUAUACUCUACGAUUGGGGUGUGACAAAAAAUGGGGGUCAUGUCAAGGCGUGUAUUGCCUGCAUGCAGCAGGCUCUGUUGCUUCUGCCCAUCUUUGCGGGCACGAUCACGGCAACCCGUUAAACGGUAUAAGAAACUCCUCACAGAUGUCUUCCCUCGCUCUCAGGAUGGAGAACCAAAUGACAGAAUGAUUGGCAAGCUUUGUGAUUAUGCCUCAAAAAAUCCAAUUCGUAUCCCAAAGAUCACGAACUACUUGGAGCAGAGAUUUUAUAAAGAAUUGAGAAAUGAACAUUUUUCUUUGGCAAAAGUGGUCCCUUGUGUUUAUAGGAAAUUAUUAGCAUCAUGUAAGGAGCAAAUGCCGUUGUAUGCUACUAGCUUGUUGAGCAUUGUGCAAAUAUUACUUGACCAAACACAACAAGACGAUAUGUGUAUUCUUGGUUGUCUUACACUUGUUGACUUCCUUAACAAUCAGGUGGAUAGCACAUACAUGUUCAAUGUAGAAGGCUUCAUACCAAAGCUUUGCGAACUUAGUCGAGAAGUAGGGGAAGAUGAUAGGGGACUUCGUUUGCGUUCCGCAGGCCUGCAAGCUCUUUCUUCCAUGGUGCUUUUCAUGGGUGAAUACUCUCAUAUCUCGAUGAAUUUUGAUGAUAUUGUCGAAGUGAUCUUGGAUAACUACGAGGUUCCUCAAAUUGGCUCUGAUAAUAGUAAGCAUGAUUUCCAGUCGAUUCAUGAUCAGAAUAAAUGGGCUGAGGAGGUUGUUAGGGUAGAAGAUAAUGUUUCAUCCUUCCAGGACUCCUGGAAAAAAGUUCUAACAGUACAUCAGAUCAUAAAUGUGGAACUUGAUGCCACAGUGGACUUGACAAAAUGCCCUGCACACUGGUCAAAAGUUUGCUUGCAUAAUAUGUCUAAACUUGCCAAAGAAGCAACCACUGUAAGACGAGUUUUAGAUCCUUUAUUUCGUAAACUUGACAGUGGGAGGUACUGGUCUCCUGAGAAAGGAGUUGCUUGUUCUGUGCUAUCUGAAUUGCAAGUUCUGAUGGAGAAUUCAGGACAGAAUAAUGAUAUGUUGAUAUCUACAUUAAUAAAGCACCUAGAUCAUAAGAAUACAGGCAAGCAGCUUAUCAUGCAGGUCAAUAUCGUCAAUGUUGCUGCUCAUCUUACAUUGCAAGCGAAACUCCAAGCCUCACUAUCUGUAAUCACUUCAAUAAGUGACUUGAUAAGGCAUUUGCGCAAAUGCUUACAAUUUUCAAUUGAAGCAUCAAAUAUGGAUGAUGAAGAUUCUGAGAGAUGGAACUCUGUGCUCCAUUUCGCUGUGGAAAAUUGUAUCAGAAAAUUAGUCAAUAAGGUUGGAGAUGUUGGACCUAUUAUUGACAUGAUGGCUGUUCUACUGGAAAAUAUUCCUACUACCACUACUGUAGCCAGAGCAACAGUUUCUUCUGUCUACCGCGCUUGUCAGCUAGUUGCCUCCAUCCCUGACUUGUCGUAUCAAAAAAAGGCUUUUCCAGAUGCACUAUUUCACCAGCUGCUUCUAGCAAUGUCACAUCCUGAGCAUGAUAUAAGAGUUGGCUCUCAUCGGAUCUUUUCUUCUGUUCUUACGCCCACAAUUGUUUGUCCUUGGUCAACUCCAGUUAUUCCACUUUCUUUCAAUGGAUAUGAUCCAAAAGGAACACAUUUGGUAGCACUGUCAGGUUAUGCGUCCUCUAGAAUCAUUUUGGAGAAGCUCAGAUUCAAGAACUCCGAUGUCAAUGAAUCCCUAGUAAAUGUAAAGGAAAAAAAUGAGGCCACCGGAAAGAGGAUGGAGGUAGAAUUGCAAAACUCUUAUGCAAGCUCUGAGCAGUACAGAGUUGACCCUUGCCAGAACAAAAGUCAGAGCAUGGCAUUUCUUCAUCAUGAUAAUUCAACUGAGGGGAAUGCAACUGGCAGACUUGCCGAGGAAGAGUUGAUUCUUAUGCGACUGAGUAGUCACCAACUGGGUCUUUUGCUGUCAUCAAUUUGGGUCCAAGCCAUGUCACCAGAAAAUACCCCUGCAAAUUUUGAGGCAUUGGCCCACACAUGCAAUCUGGUUUUAUUAUUUUCUCGAACAAAGAAUUCUAGUCAUGUGGUCCUGGUUCGUUGUUUUCAGUUAGCAUUCUCAUUGAGGAAGAUUGCUCUAGAGAUCAAAAACCCUUUGCAGCCUUCACGUAGGAGAUGUUUGUAUACACUGGCAACAUCGAUGCUUAUAUUUUCAGCCAGGGUAGGUGAUAUUCCAGAUGUGAUUACAUCGGUGAAGAUGGACACAAUGGUUGAUCCUCAUCUUUGUCUAAUUGAAGAGGGUAGGUUGCAAGAAAUAGAAUCUUGCUCUUACAUUUAUGGUUCUGAGGAAGAUGACAUUGCUGCAAUGGAGUUACUUGAGAAAGUUGAAAAUGAUACGCAACUAAAAGAAGCUGUCAUUUCACAGCUGACGAAGAAAUUUGAGAGUCUACCAAAGGGAAAGCUCAUUUGUGUAAGAGAGCAGAUGUUACAAGAAUUUUCCCCUGAUGAUACCCUUCCAACUGGUGCACCUUUGUUCAUGGAGACAUCUUACCCGUCUUCACCUCUUUUUCAAAAUGGACAUCAAUCUUUUGAAGAGGUCAUGACUCCUACAUUUUUGGAGGAUGCGGACCCAUUUUCAGAAGCAUUCAGGAGGCAGUCUGAUGGGAAGAUGCCCGAGUCUAUGAAAAAUUUUGAUGUCUUGAAUGUUAACCAAUUGAUUGAAUCGGUUAACGAGACAGCGCAACAAGUUGCCAGUUCGCCAACUCCAACAAUUCCAGUACCAUAUGACCAGAUGAAAAGCCAAUGUGAAGCCCUAAUGAACGGGAAGAAAGAAAAGAUGUUGGUUCUUCGAAGCUUCAAGCAACCGCAAGUCGACUGCAGAGUCAUGCCAGAAGAGGAAAUCCCCGAUGCAGUGGAUGCAAACUUGGUCCUGCAUUAUCCUGCAGCAGCGCUAAGAUCAAUCGAAGAGGAGCAAGCUCUACACAGUAACCCAUUGCCAAAUGAAUGUGAGGAGUCCUUCAGACUACCGGCCGCGACCCCGUACGACAAAUUCUUGAAAGCUGCUGGCUGUUGAGUCAAUACUGGAUCAGUUUGCGCGUGAUAAAAUCUAAUAAUGUGGCAAAAGGCAAAUGCGCUAAAAUCUAAUAAUGCAUGUUAUAGAGUGUGUCUAUAUUUCCUUUCAUUUAUUCUUUUAUCAGCUAAUAUAUUCUUUCAAGCGACUGUAAACAAGGAAUUGGUGUGUUUAAGUGUUUUUUUUCCCUUUCAUUCAAAUAAAAAGGAUAAUAUUAUAUGCUA